CUGCUGCCCUUUUCUAUAUACCGCCAAUUAUAUAUCGAUGGGGUGGCUUGAAUGAGAUAGAGACAACAAGCGUCCUUCCUUGUUCUCUCCAUGGCCCGAUUGGUUGCCUGGUCCGGGAAGAGAGGUGAUUGGCGCCAAUAUAUCAUGCUGAUGUGGUUCUGCAUUUUCAGCCGGGCACCUCGAGGAUGUCCCCUUAUGCCUCAGUCAAGUUUUGCAGCGUCUACAUAUAGUCUAAUCUCCAGGCCUGGUCUUGUAAGCCAACGGCUUUCUCUUGAUGUUGCCUUCGCUCCGCUGGCCCGUAGGUGACUCGCCCAUAUCAUCCAGUUAGAUCCCCUGUCGGGACAGCUCGACCUCAUCUUGCUGUAUCUCUCCUCAUCAGUCUCCAUGGUAAUCAUUC